UCGAGAAACAACAAUGGUGUGAAAAGGGCAACUGGUCAAGCUGUACUCCGAAGAGAAACCAGUCCUCCCUCCACUUCUCUUUGAAGAAAACAGAGCCUCUCGUGUCCAUAUGGUAUUUUGCAGGAAACAAACAAAAUAUUGAAAUGAAGUGAAAGCCGGCGAUUCUUACAUAAAAGAUUUUUAUGGAUCUGAUUUCUUUCCGGAGGAGAUUGUCACCGACACAGAACUCAGAUCGACUGCUGAGCCAAAAUCCUCAAUUUCCACUUAAGAGAUACGAAUCAUCCAGUUCGAUGAGGCUCACUAAGAUCUUGGCCGCUUGUUUGAUGACCUUGCCGGUUUUGGUACUUUUCUUCAUAAUCUUCCGACACCAACCGUCCGAUCGAACGACGGGAUUUGCAGAUGCUAGAGUUCUGGAUGACAGUGCACACCAAAAUGCUACACCAGUUGGUCUAGGUUCAGAAGAUCAUUCUUCUCAACCGACUGACAUUGAUAAGGAGAAAUUGCUUGAUGGACUUCUAGCUGCUGGGUUCGAUGAAGUUUCUUGCUUUAGCAGAUAUCAGUCCUUUUUAUAUCGCAAAACUUCUCCUUAUAAGCCUUCAGGGUAUCUUGUUUCCAAACUCAGGAGUUAUGAAGAUCUCCAUAAACGCUGCGGACCAAAUACUCAAUCCUAUAUCAAUGCUCUGGAACGAUUCAAGUCUGGCCACACCAUUCACUCUACCGAAUGUAGAUAUCUUGUUUGGAUAUCUUUUAGUGGAUUAGGAAACCGGAUACUUACUUUGGCUUCUGCGUAUCUUUAUGCUCUCCUUACAGAUCGUGUACUCCUUGUUGAUCGAGGAAAGGACAUGGCUGACCUCUUCUGUGAGCCAUUUCCGGGGAACUCAUGGUUACUGCCCCUGGAUUUUCCCCUCUCUGAUCAAUUCAAUAGUUUUGACAUGAAAUCUCCUCAGUGUUAUGGGAACAUGCUAAAAAACCACCUCAUAAACACUUCAACUGAUUCAGUACCAUCAUAUCUAUACCUUCAUCUAGCUCAUGAUUAUGAGCAUCAUGAUAAAUUGUUCUUCUGUGAGGACGAUCAAAAUCUCUUUGGAAAAGUACCUUGGUUGAUUAUGAAAACAGACAACUAUUUUGUCCCAUCUCUAUUCUUGGUUCCAUCUUUUGAGCAAGAAUUGAGCAAACUUUUCCCUGAGAAAGGAACUGUUUUCCAUCACUUGGGCCGCUAUCUUUUCCUCCCCUCAAAUCCAGUGUGGGCGCUCAUUACUAGAUACUACCAUUCUUACAUGGCUAAAGCGGAUGAAAGGAUAGGCAUUCAAGUAAGAGUUUUUGAUUCAAGACCUGGUCCUUUUAAGCAUGUGAUGGAUCAAAUUCUAGCUUGUACUCUACGAGAGAAAUUACUGCCUGAAGUGGAUUUGAAGGAUUCUACUGUCACACCAUUGAACAAUCCGAGAUUGAAAGCUGUUCUGCUGACAUCUUUAAGUUCAGGAUACUCGGAGAAUUUAAAAGAUAUGUAUUGGGAACACCCAACUGUUACUGGGGAGGUGGUUGGGGUUUAUCAGCCUAGUCAUGAAGGAUUUCAACAAACAGAAAAGCAGGUGCACAACAGAAAGGCAUGGGCAGAAAUGUAUCUCCUCAGUUUAACUGACGUGUUAGUCACGAGUUCAUGGUCGACCUUUGGCUAUGUAGCUCAAGGUCUUGGAGGUCUCAGGCCAUGGAUCCUUUACAAGCCUGAAAAUGACACUACCCCUGAUCCACCUUGUCGCCGGGCCAUGUCCAUGGAGCCUUGUUUUCAUGCCCCGCCGUUUUAUGACUGCAAGGCUAAGACAGGCAUUGAUACAGGUGCAGUUGUUCCUCAUGUGAGACAUUGCGAGGAUAUGAGCUGGGGUCUCAAGGUGGUUGAUGGUCAUGAUGGGUUAUAGGCUUAUAGCAGCCACUGGUACAAAUUUUGGUGAUGAAGUCUCCCACAUAGUUUAUUCUGUAGUUUGAAUUUCAUUUGUUGAGAUGGAAUGUGAUUAGAAUCCGCUGGAAGUUGUGUAAUUGGUAUUAAAUUCUAGUUACUGUUACAUUUCUUCGUUUGCUCGAACUAAGAGGCUUCUUUCCUAACAGAGAUUUAGAAUCACCUAUCAAGGUGGUUAGAGUUUACAUUACACAACUCCAUGCACAAUGCUAUCUUUGCCUUGUAUUUAAAGUAGUGUGCAGCUUAUUUCCAAAUAAUUCUUGAUACAAUUACACUCAGAUGUAUAAAAUGUUGGCUUUAGUGGCUUA